AUGGUAGUUGUCGAAGUAAAAGGCGUACUUGGUAGCGCCGACUCCCACAUUGGCCGCACGCCUCCUGCUAAGGAGGAGCUACGCGUGGCUGGGAAUCGCGAGGAACAUGCCGAUACCUUGAUGUCGAAAGUGUCCGACGCUUCUCGCAUGCUUGUCGAACUUUUGCAAGACAUGCAAUGCACAUCGGGGUCUUUGCGCGGAAACUGGUAUGAGCCCCAGAUAUAUACUCUGCUGGCCACUGCUGCUUUUCACGAAGAGACGUCUACCGGCGACACCAAGCAACAACAGCAAUAA